AAAUUUAUUCGUAAUUUAUUGAUAUUUUUUUAAACCAGAUAUUUGAAAUUUUUACUCAUUCAGUGAUUGCUAAUUUGCACUUUUUGAAUUUUUAUAUACUAUAUAUGUUAAUAUAUGUAUACAAUUAAUUUUUUUAAAAAUAAUGUUUUGUCCGUCUGGUUUUAAAUUCUUAUUUACGAAAUAAAAGGUAAGACGUUAAUUUUUAGUUGGUAGUUUUGUCCGAAAAAGUUGUGCGGGUCAUGUGACGUUAGAAAUUUGUAGUCAGUUAAAUUAUUUGUUGUCAUAUACAGUGGCAGAUGGAUAAAACAGUAUCAUUCUCGAAUUAGCGUUAUUUCGUGCUCGGCGUCAGCUUUCAAAAUAUAGUUGUUUAAUUGACAGAUAUGAUAUAAUUUUAGCUCGCUGUUGUUUAUACAUCAGAUUUGCGAAUUCUUUUUUUAGAAGUAAGAUUUCUUAAAGAUUUUUCGAACAUGAUUGUUAAAGUAAGAAGAAUUUAUAAUCUAAAAAGAAAAGUCGGAUCCAAUCGAGAAAAUUAUUAAUACGUUACAUUUCGAAUAAAAAAAUUUUUUUUUUUUCGAAGUAAUGAACUAAUAUUUAGUGUGGAACCUGUAGAUGUAUCCCGUUCUAUUUUGGGGUGCUGUGUUUCUUGGCAGCCUAUUAGAAAUGACUGCCUGCCAGAAUGACGUGGUAUGUCGUAGUUAAACUUUUUCGGUUAUCAUUUGCCCAGUAACCAUUUUACAUGUCAGCUUAUUUCGUGAUGGUAAAAGUUUCUCUAUUAGGUGUGAAAAUGUUAUAUUCAUUGUGAUUAUGUAUGCGGAUGACGAUCCUAGCGGUUAUACUGCUGACGACAUGCUUCGAUCUUGUUCUAACUUUUUACAACGUUUUUCUUCCCGUCUGAAAGUUCAAAACAGCGAUGAGAUACCCAUCCAUAGUGUAAAGCCAGUCCUUCCGGCCUCUGUACUUCUGUUGCCUCUCACUUGCUGCGUAUCUCCAAAUGAACAUACUUCUUCCCGCCCCCCAAGUGUGGAGGAUGAUGAAGACGGGCAUCUGAUCUAUAGGCACGGGGACAUCCUCCAAGACCGAUAUAAAAUCAUUGCUACCCUCGGUGAGGGUACAUUUGGUAAAGUAGCAAAAGCUGUUGAUCUUUGCUCGGAGCUUACAGUGGCUCUGAAAAUAAUCAAAAAUGUAGAAAAAUACAGAGAAGCAGCAAAAUUGGAGAUAAAUGUCCUGAAAAAACUUGCUGAUGCUGAUCCAGAUAGCAAACACUUGUGUGUAAAGAUGCUAGAUUGGUUUGACUAUCAUGGUCAUAUGUGUAUAGCAUUUGAAAUGCUAGGACUGAGUGUGUUUGACUUUUUGAAAGAUAAUAAUUAUCAACCGUAUCCUAUUGAUCAAGUCAGGCAUAUUGGUUAUCAGCUCUGUUACUCUGUGAAAUUUGUACAUGACAAUCAUUUGUCACACACAGAUCUUAAACCAGAAAAUAUACUUUUUGUAAAUUCAGAUUAUGAUAUUAGUUACAAUCCCAAAAAACAAAAGAGAGAUAUGCGAAGGGUUAGAAAUACAGAUAUAAGGUUGAUAGAUUUUGGCUCAGCAACAUUUGAUCAUGAACAUCACAGUACAAUAGUUUCAACUCGCCAUUAUCGUGCCCCUGAAGUUAUAUUAGAACUUGGUUGGAAUCAACCCUGUGAUGUAUGGAGCAUAGGAUGCAUUUUAUUUGAACUUUAUUUGGGAAUUACACUUUUUCAGACACAUGAUAACAGAGAACAUCUGGCAAUGAUGGAGCGUAUAUUAGGACCUCUUCCAUAUCGUAUGUGUAGGAAAAGCAAAACAAAAUAUUUUUAUCAUGGUCGAUUAGAUUGGGAUGAGAAAAGUUCAUCUGGAAGAUAUGUUAAAGAGAAUUGUAAGCCAUUACGUCAACUAAUGAAGAGGAUUGCAUUGCAGAGGUAUAUGAUGUCUGACGAUGAAGAUCAUCAGCAGUUAUUUGAUCUUAUAUCUCAGAUGCUGCAAUACGAACCAUCUCAGCGAAUUUCUCUGGACGAUGCCAUGAGUCAUUCAUUUUUUAGUAAACUUCCCAAUUCGUUAAAAUUGCACGAACUAGAUAAAAGAAAAGAAAUCGAAAAUAGGGAGCGAUCUCAUAGUCUGAGCAGAUGAAACUUCUAUAUUUAUGUUUUUGAUAAAAACUGUACAACAUCUUGUCAUCGCCGAGAGUAUGUGACUGUAAAAAUACAUCGACAUAAAUCUGGCCAUCAUCAGAUUCGUAGGAAGUUAAUUCAUAUCAUCAUACAAACAACACGUACGUAGUCUAGAUAAUAUUCGAUCACUGUGUAUAAAGAGUUUUUACAUUGUUUGAUUUAAUCAUACGAAUGUUUCGUUUGUGUUCUAUUCUGUUGUAUGAUAAUGCAAUAAAGCCAAUGUGUGUAAAUUUAAAUUUGUUGGUAAUUUAUAAAUUUAUGAAACAUUUUAAUAAUUAUUUUAGUAAGCAAUAUCUUAUCGUUAAAAACAUUUGUUACGCCAAUAAAGUAUUUAUCGUUUUUUAGUACAAGUUAAAUUACAGGCAACAUCUAUUCUUUGAAGAUAUAUAUUUUACAAAUAAUACCUAUUUUUUCGUAUUGAACACAAUUUGCUACUUACGUUAUUGAUGAAACCAGAUUUUGUCAAAAAUUUAAUCUGUCGUAUUCAAAGUUUUAUUUAAAUCAGUAAUGAAAACUUGGAACGAAAUUAUUUCCUAUUUAGAGUUUAUGUAUUGAUUGGUCGCAAUCAUAACGUUAUUUAUAAUGUAUGUCGUCUUAUUGAAAUGCUGACAAUUUUGAAUUUAUCAUUGCUAUUGUCGGGUUGGUUUGCUGUUCAGUUGAUAAGGGAUUGAUUGAAUAUAUCAUUUCUCACACUGCGAGUGCACUAAAUUUAUACACUGUCGUCAGCAGACCCCCUUCACACAACUUUAUUAGUAUAAGAAUAUGUAUUGGUUUACGUAACCAAAAUCGAUGUUCGUUGUAAUAAUUGGAAGACAAAAUGUAGGCUAAAUCAGAGAAUGAUCUUAAUGAUCACAUCAACCUUAUUCAGUUUUUUUUUUAAAGAAGUAUGUAUGUAUUAUGCUUUGAAAUAUCUUUAAUUCAUAUUUAUCGUUUGAUUUUGGAAAUAUUUUUCUGUAAAUAUGUGUAACUCUUUUUCAUGUAAUCUUUUUUGUUAUUAAUUAUACGUAGAGUUAAUAUAACUUGUACAAACGUUUAAAGUUUGUUAGUAAAACUAAUAAAAUUUCGAAUUUA